AUGUGCUUACUCUUGCCCCCAGGCCUCAUCAUUUCCCUGCAGCUGCUGCGAGGUGAGCUGGAGCAAAUCCGACGGGAGAACCAGGCCGUGUUCAACAGGGCCCUGGCACUCACACGCAAACUGGGUUUCCCAGAUGUCAUCCUGCCAGGUGACACACGCAACGACCUGUAUCUGACCCUGGAGAGGGGAGAGUUUGAGAGGGGCGGCAAAAGCGUCCAGAAGAACAUCGAAGUCACACUCUACGUACUUUACGCCGACGGGGACACACUCAAAGACUGCAUCAGUUUGGGCAGCGGCGAGCCCAGCUCCAGCGAAUAUCGCUCUUUCGUCCUUUACCACAACAACAGCCCUCGCUGGAGUGAGAUGGUCAAGCUGCCCAUUCCCAUAGAUCGUUUCAGAGGAUCCCACCUACGCUUCGAGUUCAGACACUGCUCCACUAAAGACAAAGGAGAAAAAAAACUGUUUGGUUUUGCGUUUACUCCUCUGAUGAGAGAGGACGGGACCACACUGUCAGAUGAAAGCCAUGAGCUAUAUGUGUACAAGUGUGAUGAAAACGCCACCUUCAGUAACCAGGGUCUGUACCUGAGUCUGCCGUGCUGCAAAGAAGACUUCAACAGCUGCCCCAACCUGCCGGCCAACCUGCCCUUCCAGAGGAGCCCCAAAGAAACCUUCUCGGUCUCCACAAUACUCUGCUCCACCAAACUCACACAAAAUGUGGACCUGCUGGCUCUUCUCAACUGGAAGGCACAUCCAGACAGGGUGUUGGACAUCCUCGGUCGAUUACGUCAGAUUAAUGGAGAGGAGAUUGUCAAGUUCCUGCGAGAUGUCCUGGAUACGCUCUUCUGUCUUUUAGAUGACAACACUGAUAAAUACGGACCGCUGGUUUUCCAGUCACUGGUUUUCAUCAUCAACCUGCUCAGGGACAGCCGUUUCUACCACUUCAGACCUGUCAUGGACGCCUACAUCCAAAACCACUUUGCUGGAGCUUUGGCAUACAAAGAGCUGAUUCGAUGUCUGAAGUGGUACAUGGACCGCUCGGCUGAGGUCGUCAGGCAGGACCACAUCCAGGAAGCCAUGAGGGCUCUAGAGUACCUGUUCAAGUUUAUCGUCCAGUCUCGCAUCCUGUACUCCAGAGCCACCUGUGGGAUGGAGGAGGAGCAGUUCAGAGCGAGCAUCCAGGAGCUUUUCCAGUCCAUCCGCUUCGUCCUGAGUCUGGACAGCCGCAGCUCGGAGAACUUGGUGUUCACGCAGGCAGCACUGUUGAACAGUUUCCCGGAUAUCUUUGAUGAGCUGCUGCAGAUGUUCACCGUUCAGGAGGUGGCCGAAUAUGUCAGAGGCACCCUAGGGAGCAUGCCCAGCACAGUGGACAUCGGCCAGUCCAUGGAUGUAGUCAAACUGCAGUCCAUCGCUCGUACAGUGGAGAGCCGCCUCUUCUUCUUCCCUGAGUCUCGUAGUAUUCUGCUGCCGGUGGUUCUGCAUCACAUCCACCUGCAUCUGCGCCAGCAGAGGGAGCUGCUCAUCUGUUCUGGGAUCCUUGCUAGCAUCUUUGCCAUCAUUAAGACUAGCUCAAUGGAGUCUUCUGUUCAGGAGGAAGUGGAGAUGAUGGUGGAGAGCCUUCUGGAUGUGCUGCUCCAGACCCUGCUGUCCAUCAUGAGCAAGUCUCACUCUGUGGAGACGUCCAGAGGCCAGCGCUGCCCCCAGUGCACGGCGGAGAUAACGGGGGAGUAUGUUUCCUGUCUUCUCUCUCUGCUGCAGACGAUGUCAGAGCUCCACUUUCACCAUCUACUCAACAACUUCCAUAGCAAAGAGGAGUUAAAGGAGUUCCUGUUGAAGAUCUUCUGCGUGUUCCGCAAUCUGAUGAAACUGAAUAUCUUUCCCCGAGACUGGAGCGUCAUGAGGCUUCUGACUAGUCACAUCAUCGUAGUGACAACACAGUUCCUGUCUCCCGCGCUCCACAAGAACUUCUCUGAGGCUGACUUUGAUUUCAAGGUGUGGAACUCGUUUUUCAGCCUCACUGUGCUGUACAUCAACCAGCCCAGUCUGCAGCUGGAGGCGCUCGGCCCGGCAAAGAGAAAGAAAAUCCUGGACAAGCAUGGAGAUAUGAGAGUCAUGAUGGCUUAUGAGCUCUUCAGCAUGUGGCAGAAAUUAGGUGACAACAAGCCCCACUUCAUCCCAGGAAUGAUGGGUCCCUUCCUCGGCGUCACCUUGGUGCCUCAGACCGAAGUACGAAAUAUUAUGAUCCCAAUUUUCCACGACAUGAUGGAUUGGGAGCAGAGGAAAAACGGCAACUUCAAACAGGUGGAGGCAGAGCUGAUGGAUAAGCUGGACAGCAUGGUGUCGGAUGGGAAAGGCGAUGAUAACCACCGAGAGCUCUUCAGCCUUUUGACCAUGCUCUUUGGGCCUUAUCCAAGCCUGCUGGAGAAGAUAGAGCAGGAGACCUGGAGAGAGACGGGGAUCUCAUUUGUCACAUCAGUCACAAGACUUGUGGAGCGAUUACUGGAUUACAGGGACUGCAUGAAAGGAGAUGAGAUGGAGAGCAAGAAAAUUGGCGGUUCCGUCAACCUCAUGAAUUUUUACAAAUCAGAGGUCAACAAGGAGGACAUGUACAUCCGUUACAUCCACAAGCUGUGUGACCUGCAUCUCCAAGCAGAGGACUUCACAGAGGCAGCGUUCACCCUGCUGCUGUACUGGGAGCUGCUGCAGUGGGAGGACCGCCCCCUGAGGGACUUCCUUCACUACCCCUGUCAGAGCGAGUGGCAACGCAAGGAGAACCUGAGUCGUAAAAUCCUCCACUACUUCAACAAGGGCAAGUGCUGGGAAUAUGGGAUCUCUCUCUGCCGGGAGCUGGCUUUCCAGUACGAGACUUUAUAUGAUUAUCAGAGCCUCAGCUGGAUACGGAAAAUGGAGGCAGCGUAUUAUGACAACAUCAUCGAGCAGCAGAGGAUCGAGCCGGAGUUCUUCAGAAUGGGCUUCUAUGGCAGGAAGUUUCCUUUCUUCCUCAGGAACAAGGAGUUUGUCUGUCGUGGUUAUGACUAUGAACGGCUCGAGGACUUCCAGCAAAGGAUGCUGGGGGAAUUUCCACAAGCCAUUGCCAUGCAGCAUCCGAACCAACCAGACGACACCAUCCUGCAGAGUGACGCUCAGUACUUGCAGAUCUAUGCAGUGACUCCAGUGUCAGACAUCUCUGAUGUGCCUCAGCUGGAGCGUGUGCCCGAGAGGAUCAAGAGCUUCUACCGCAUAAACAAUGUCAGCCGCUUCCACUAUGACAGGCCUUUCCACAAGGGGCCCAAGGACCGCGAGAACGAGUUCAGGGUACGGUGA